AUGAAGUUCGCCUCUUCCAUCAUCAUUGCCUUCAUUUUCGCGGUCCAGUCGGCGCUGGCCACGACGCUCUAUCGUAACGGCGGUGCUAGCAAGGCGUACAACUCAGUCCGUACCCCGCAGGACUACGACACACCUGUGAAAGGCCUCAUCCCAGCCAACUCGAAGAAGGGUAUGUCGACGAACAGCGACAAGAGCAAGCUUCCUAGCCAGAAGAAGAUCUACUCCAUCGAUUCGAGCAAGCUCACGGGCAUACUCCAUCCCGUCAACGACCAUGACACGCACUGGUCGAUUACCCUCACGCAGGCUACCGAGGAGAGCAAGCUCUUGGAUGCAAUCAACAAUGCGGGAUGGACUAAGUGCGCAAUUUCGGCCAUAUCUAAUAUUUAUCUGCGCCAGUCUCCUGCCAAUCUUCAUCCCAUUCACGUUCACUGA